AAAAAGUUUGACGUGUAUCUUGUGCGAAAGUGUGCUCGUGGGGACUUCCGCGAGCAGAAGUGGAAGCCACGGAAAUGGAACUGCAGGCACGAAAGAAAAUUUAAAUUUUGAAUUGAAAAUCUUAAACUUGAAAAGGAGUAGGAGCUGACUUUUUGGAAAUUCGGAAAUUUUAGUUUUUCAUGUGUGAACAGUGUUGCAUUUAAAAAUGCGCUAAAGUGCAGAGUUUCAGAUUGUGUAUGGUGAACGAUCAGACCGCAAAACUAUCAAAUGUGGGUUUCAAUGAUCUAAAACAUAUUUGAAUGGAAAAUUAUAUUAUCUAAAAAACUUUCAUUGAUUACAAAAAAAAAAUAUUCCGUAUAUGCACGCCAUUUCGCUUUAUGAAGCAAAAUAAUUGAAACAAGUAAAAAAGUUUAACAGUCAUUAGAUAAUAAAAGUUAUAAAUUUUUUUUUUAAUUUGUAAAAAAAUUUUAAGAACUACCUUAACUUAACUAAGUGUAAAGUAUGCAAAAACGCCGCUGGGAAGUGCCUUAAAAAGUGAAAUAAAAACUCAAGAAAUAUUUGCUCAAAUUGACCACCCUAAUACUUUUACAUAUUUUAUGGAAUUUGCAAUAUUUAAAUUCAAGUUCAAAAACUAUGCAAAAAACGUAUCCAAAUUUGCUAAAUCAACAUUCAACCCUAAUGUAAAGAAUUGCAUGAAUCCAUGAAAUUUAUGCACGAAAAAGAAUUCUACAUUGUAGCAAAACCUUGACAACAACAAGAAAGAAACUCAACUUUGCUUAAAACAUUGUUUCUUCACUUCGCAAAAAACACCGUCGCUUUACCCAUUCUUCGUUGUUUUUUUUUUUCUUUCCUGGCUGUCACAUUUGACUUAAUGCCCAACUAUAAUAUUCGCUUUGUGCUCAAUAUUCGCUUUAGCUACAUUUUACGUUGUGCCCUAGUGAAUAUCAUUCAACAAUAGAUGCAACAACAUUCAAUGAUAACCGCCGCCAUCGCCGUCGCCGUUUAGUGUCUGUCCGAUGUUUAUGUUGUUUCCGGUAUAGUGGGUGCGUGUUUGUGUUUUUUGAGUCGUACGCGCGCGCGCGCUUGUGUUUGUGUGCGUGCGAAAACUUCAGUCUGCUUGACCGACCAUUCGUUCAUUCAUCGAUCAGCAAGACGCCAGUUUUAAGCUUAAUAUAUGGUAAUGGCAGAGAUUGGUGGCCAUUUGGCUCACCAGCUACCAAAUUUGCACAAUCACACACAAAGUGGAUUACAGCCGUCGCUGGUGAUGAAUCAUCACCUGGAAUUGGAUUGCCAUGGACAUGAUGUGAUAAAAAAACAACGUUUAUCACUUUGUGUGGGCUGUGGCGGUCAAAUUCACGAUCAGUACAUCCUGCGCGUCGCCCCCGAUCUGGAAUGGCAUGCGGCAUGCCUCAAAUGUCAGGAAUGUCGACAAUUUCUGGACGAGAGCUGUACGUGUUUCGUGCGUGACGGCAAAACGUAUUGUAAGCGUGAUUACGUUAGGUUAUUUGGUACAAAAUGUGAUAAAUGCGGUAGCUCAUUUAGUAAAAAUGACUUUGUGAUGCGGGCAAAAACGAAAAUCUUUCAUAUUGAAUGCUUUCGUUGUUCGGCGUGUGCGAAGCAACUGCUGCCAGGUGAUGAAUUUGCGCUACGAGAUGGCGGCAUUUUAUAUUGUAAAGAGGACCAUGAUGUUCUGGAGAAAUCUUCACAAAGUAGUCUAACGUCAUCUUCGAUAGAGAGCAACAACAAUAAUAGUAGUAGUAAUAAUAAUAAUACAAGUCUUAGUAAUAAUAAUCAUUCCAGCGAGUUGGGUUCAAUGUCAGAUUCUGGUAGCGAAUCGGGCUCAAGGGAAAAAAGACCUUCGGGUCCAUCGGACGGUAAACCGACAAGGGUGCGAACGGUCUUGAAUGAAAAGCAACUGCACACGCUAAGAACCUGCUAUAACGCUAAUCCGCGACCUGAUGCGCUCAUGAAGGAGCAGCUGGUGGAGAUGACUGGUCUAUCGCCACGUGUCAUACGAGUCUGGUUUCAAAACAAACGCUGCAAAGACAAGAAGAAAACCAUACAAAUGAAGCUGCAAAUGCAACAGGAGAAGGAGGGACGAAAGCUCGGUUACGGCGCCAUGCAGGGCAUACCGAUGAUCGCGAGCUCGCCGGUACGCCACGAUUCGCCGCUCAAUCUGCAGGGCAUCGACGUGCAAACAUAUCAGCCGCCAUGGAAAGCCUUAUCCGACUUCGCGCUGCAUGCGGAUUUGGACAGCAAUGGUGCGAUAAAUACGCAUACGCCCGCGUUUCAACAACUGGUGAAUCAGAUGCAUGGUUACGAUCUCAAUGGCAUGCCACCGCUGCCGCCACAUCAUGGACCACAUCCGCCACCGCCCGGCCAGCAAUUGAAUGGACCACCCAUAGGCAGCAUGGACUCGGGCAUUACGUCACAUCAUCACCCGGACAGCACUGACUCAUAUGUGACCUAUCUGGAGAGCGAUGACAAGUCCAAACUAGCUUUGACACCAACAUCGUCAAUGUCUUUGUCACUGUCGUCAUCGUCGUCACUAUCAUCCUCAUCGGCAUCAGCGGCCACAUCAGUCGCAUCGCCGCCAUCAGCCUCGAAUACAGCCAACGGAAGUUUGAGUGGAAUCGGAGUUGGAGUGGGCGCUGCAGCUGUAGCUGGUGGUGUAGCUUGUGCACUCAACACUGGACUCGGUCUGGGAGCAGGUAUGGGUAUGGGCGGUGGUGGCGUCAGCGGUAGCGGCAUUGGUGCCGCCUCAGCAAGCUGUGGCCAAGCACAAUCCGCAACGGAACAGCUGAUGCAAAUGUUGCAAAAGGUGACCGCUUCGCCAUCGCACGCAGUGCUGUGAAGGAUGUACGAGGAGUUCUGCCGUCAAGCCGGAACUCAGUGAAGCGCAAAGGGCAAAUGUGCAAUUCGGAAGUGGAGCAAGAAGAGGUGAUUAUUGGAAGGGGGAGCAGAUGAAGGAGAGGAUGAAAAGUGGCUUUAGCGAGGCCCACGGUUUGUGGGAAAGGCGCCUCAGUAUUAGCUUUACUUGCUGCUCAAGCGUGGAGUGUGAAACGUCGAAUGAGAGCCAUUGAGUAAGCUGCUGAGUGGGAGUUCUGAUGAAAUACUGCGCUACACAUUCUUCGCUGGAAAUAAAUUGCGUGCGAGCGCCUGAAAAUUUAUCAGCAUGCAAAUAUUUGAGCAAUAUUGUGCUUGUUACUGCAUACUUUUAGGCGCAUUCUUUUUUAAUUGUAUGUUCAUAUAUUUUUGAGUGUGAAUUAUUAGCGCAGUGUUUAAGAAAUUCCACCGCGGCUUUAGUAAAAAAUUAACUGUUGAUUUUAAUAACCAGUUGUGGUAUUUUUUAUGAAAUAUUUCAAAAUUCUCUAAUGAAAAAUGUGAAUUGUUUAAAAACUGUCAGAAGAAAUUUUGCACUAAGCCAUUUCAAAAUGGCUGCAAAUGCAAACUAUAAUGCUCACUCACUUGAAAAGUUCAUUAUUUGUAAAAAUUAGUUUAAAAUUAAAAAAAAAAAGAUCUAUAAAUGUAUGUGAGAGGUAAAAUAA